AAUCCCCUCGCGCAUGUACCGGCACUUUUUAAUAUUCAUUAGUGUCUCCCAGACCGCUCCACUCCCUGACAAAAUCGUGAAUACCUCGACAAUUGAUAAACCAAAAGAAAAACCAAUUGGCGACACGUUCCUCCGGAUGAUUAGAUUAAAUAAGUUGGUCGGUCGAUGAUCUACGGAACAAAAAAUUGUCUGCUGUCAUGGCAAGUAUUUGUUACGCCCCUGGGGGAUCAUCAUGCGAGGAUAGCCUACGCCGCCACGAACCUUCAGUUAUUCCCCAGCGGCUCGGUGGUACUUCUAUUUCAUCCCGGCAUUCUAAACGUGUCACGGCUGUUUGACUCAGUGGUUCCUAAUUAACAAUUGAUCUUGUUGAUCGUUAGCGGCUGCAAGUGAGGUUUUUGUGACAGUAAAAUCAUCCUACAGAAUCAGACAGGAUCAUCUGGGCCUGGGACAUGAGGCAACAUCUCUCCUGAUUGCCUUCGUCCAAGACAACUCGGAGUAAUUUAGAUACAGACGACGAUUUAUAUGGUAAUAUUGGAAGUGCAGGAUGCCCAAGCAGCUUGUCGAAGAGAUUAUGGAUAACGAGGUGAAUGAUAAGGAGGUGACGAGUAUGAUGAGUAUUCGGAACGGAGAUGAAUCACCUAUUCAGAGGGAAAGCUCCCCAGUGUAUCCAUCAAUAUACAAAGAAGCACCAUUUAGCGAUGAUCCAGACGCAAUUCUGGAGCGAGAAGCUUGUGAUUACGCCACAAAAAUUACCCUAAAAUUGGCAAAAAGUGGAAAAGCUCCUCGACGUGUGCGGGUCUACGCAGACGGUAUCUACGACCUGUUCCAUCAAGGCCACGCAAGACAGCUGAUGCAGGCGAAGAACAUUUUUCCAAAUGUCUACCUGAUCGUCGGAGUUUGCAACGAUCAAUUGACGCAUGAGAAAAAAGGUCGUACUGUAAUGACCGAUUGGGAGAGGUACGAGGCUGUCAGGCAUUGCCGUUAUGUAGAUGAAAUUAUUCGUGAUGCACCGUGGGAACUGGACGAAGAGUAUUUGGCAGCUCAUAAGAUUGAUUUCGUCGCGCACGACGAUAUUCCCUAUGUGACAGACGAUGCUGACGACGUUUACGCAAUGAUUAAGGCCAAAGGAAUGUUUGUUGCUACCCAGAGAACUGAGGGAGUUUCAACAUCCGAUAUCGUUGCUCGAAUCGUCAAAGAUUACGAUAUUUAUGUGAGGAGAAAUCUGGCGAGGGGGUACAGCGCUAAAGAAUUGAAUGUUUCAUUUCUUAACGAAAAGAAAUUUCGAAUUCAAAACAAGCUGGACGAUCUGAAAGAUAAAGGAAAGCGGGUAAUGGAGAAUAUAGAGGAGAAACGAAUGGAUAUGAUAAGCAAAUGGGAAGAGAAAUCACGAGAUUUUAUCGAUGCAUUCCUCCUGUUGUUCGGAAGAGAAGGAAGACUGUCAACAAUUUGGAACGAGAGUAAAGGUCGGCUCAUGCAGGCAUUAUCCCCGCCAGCUAGUCCUAAACGAGCAGCAAGUCCUGAUGGUAGUUGUAGUAGUAACAAUGAUGAUGAUCAUACCAGUCCACCGCCGAAAAAAGCUGGCCGUUAUGAAUUUUCACAACCGAGUCACUACCUUAGUGACGACUACAGUGAUGAUGAAGAGUCCCAUCUUCAUUCAAAAUGAUUAAAAUUAAAAUAAUCAGCAUCAUCAAUUGCAUUCUCCCGCUUUUCAUCCUUUCUCAUCAUUACGAUACUUCAUUGUAUCACCAUUGUGCAGCGAUUUUAUCGAUAAAUCACGAUACAUUAUCAAUAGAGAUGCAAAUGAUAAAGCACAACUAGAUUUUGACUCAUUAAUUUAUGAAAAAUUGACAACUAUGUUUAAGAAAAUUGUAAAUUCAAUGAAUAUUGAGAAGUCGGUUCUGUAUUCGUAGAAACACCAAACAUUGAACUUCAUUCAAUGGAUUGAAUGAGAGCUGCACCCAGUGAAAAUCUAAUGUCAGAUCUGAUAUUGUGAAUGGAGCUCAUUUAUGAGCAUUAGAAGACACUUGUUGUUCUUUCAUAGUUUUUUUUAUGUGAGUGGAUUAUUUAAUGAAACAUGUCUGUGUGAAUGUAAUAUAUUUAUUUGCGAUACCGAGGGGGACGAAGGACGUGACAGGUUAGAUUCCCUGAUUUUCAUAGCAAGUGAAGCAAUAUGAACUUCGCUCAGUCCCCCAUAUCUCCGGAACCAACGAUGCAAUUUCUAUGAGUCACAUCUCAUUUUGAAGAUUGAUAAAUUAUCUUGAGAGCAUGAAAAAAUAGUCACCUUUCACUCAGCCGAUCGUGAGAUAUCGAGGAUUGGACUUGGAACACUGCUUCACUCCCAUUUAUCAGGUCAUCACUUUUGUAUUUGAAUUGAUUAUCACCUUUUGCAAUGUUUUUCCGCCGAUUUGAUGAAUGUCUCUCGCACAGGCAUUAGCUCCCGUAGUUUACGAUUUUAAUUCACCGCAGUGUGCUGCACAUGCGAGCGGAAUCAUCGGAAUUGAUAUUUGCUGAUGUAAAAAUUUCGAUAAAAGACAAUAUGAAAUUUUUUAUUUUCUUCAUUUCUAGACGCCGUUUGCUAAUGAUAAUAUUGAGACUAGUACAUUUGCCAUUGAGAAUAAAAAUUGUUUUUACAGAAUAAAUUUUUUUAUGCAUAAAGUUUAUAUUUUAAUGAUUUUUUUCUCAAUGCAGUGCGUAGAAUUUUAUCUAUCGCUCUGGGCCGUAUGAUUAACCAAUGGUGCCUAUUGUGGGGUCUUACAGUGAUCCUGACAUUUGUGCUAAUGUAUUUAUGAAAUAAUUAAUCCAACGAAAAACUGCUGAAAUGCGGAGAAAAAUUUGCGUCACAGAUUUGCAAUCUGAAGGGGACAUAUAAGUCUGAAAGAUAGGUCGAAAAAUUAUACAUCUCCACGAAGUGAAUGGAAGGAAGAAGUUGAAUGAGCUUUGGGGAGCGCUUUCCAAGAGUUCGGGAUGGAGGCGGUGGAGUGGACGCCAUUUUUAAAGUCCUUUUGUUCAAUUAUCUAAGCAAAAUGGCAGUCACAGCUGUCAUUCAUCUAGAACUUUCCAAGUUCUGAUUUUUGUCCUUUUGUUGGGUAAAUUUUUUCGGUAAUAGAGACGUUUGAUUCUCUUGACUGGGUUUUUUAAUGAGAGCACUGGCUAAAUUGUUGGGAAGACAUCAUUGAGCCAUUGUAAAUUGCGGCCAUUUACUUAACGAAGUAGUGAAAAUUCGGAAUGAAGAGUGAUUAAGUGCUGGAAGUGUUGGAGAUUCAAUUGUCGAAGGCAAAAAAGUUAGACAUUAAGAUGUUAAUGGCUCCCUGCCAUGUAUUUAUUAAUAUUGAUAGACAAAUUAGAUAAAUAGAGAUAACGAAAAUAUAUCGAGAUCGUUAUUUAAUAUUAAUAUAUGAUGAAAACAGUAAAUCUGAAUAAAGUGUAAAUAUUUGCAA